CAUCUUCAUUUUUAUCUAUGAUUAUAAUCAUGGAAUCUGCUGUAUACACUACCAUCUUUCUUGUGUUUCUCUCUCUUUUGUUCUUGUUGCUAAUUAUUAUUAGCAAGAAGAAAAAGUCUCUAAAAAGACUUCCACCCGGUUCUUUCGGUAUACCGAUAAUCGGACAAAGCCUCCAACUCUUGCAAGCAAUGAGAGACAACAAAGGUGAAGAUUGGAUCAAAGAAAGAAUCCGAAAAUACGGGCCCGUUUCGAAACUCAACGUUUUCGGGAAUCGAAGUGUAUUGCUCCACGGUCCCGCGGCGAACAAGUUCAUAUACACGUGUGACGAAAAGGUGCUUGCCAAUCAGCAGCCAGCUUCGAUACGGAGGCUAAUGGGAGAGAAGAAUAUACUGGAAUUAAAUGGGGAAGAUCAUAAGCGCGUGAGAGGGGCAAUGUUGUCAUUCUUGAAACCGGAAGCGUUGAAACAAUCCGUCGGGAAAAUGGAUCAAGAGAUAAGAAUCCACCUCAAGGAGCAUUGGCGUGGCAAUCACGAAAUUUUGGUAUGUUUUUGUACAAAAAUAUUGCCGGGUUAAUUGCAUUAA